AUGCCCUCCGAAAGCGAUGACCAACCACAGCCGGUGAAGCUAUCACUGCCACUGGAGUACCAGCAGGAGAUCUUUAACGAACUCCGCACCGAAGAUGAGCUCCUCAUUCUGGCUCGGGGUUGCGGCCUUUUACGGAUCGUGACGAAUCUCCUACACUCUUACGACGCAGCUGGGAAUAACCUCAUACUUAUCGUCGGGGCAGAAGAUCGCGAAAAUGGGUGGAUUGGAGAGGCCCUGGCUGAACAUGCAGCUAUAAGCGGCUCCUCGAAAGCUCGAGGCCUUAGCGUCGUAAAUACAGACCUUAUGAGCGUCGGCACCAGAGAGAGGAUGUAUGCGAACGGUGGCAUAUUCAGUAUCACAUCCCGGAUCCUUGUGGUGGAUUUAUUGACGAGCUUGUUGGCGCCGGACACUAUUACGGGCAUCAUCGUGCUCCAUGCCGAUCGUGUUGUUGCGACAUCUACGGAGGCUUUCAUUCUUCGAAUAUACAGGCAACAGAACAAAGAUGGGUUCCUCAAGGCAUUCUCCGACAACCCAGAGGCGUUCACCGUGGGCUUUGCUCCCCUUGCAACAAUGAUGAGAAACCUAUUCCUUAGGAAGGCCUCGUUUUGGCCCCGUUAUCAAGCCACAAUACAAAGGUCACUUCAAGGCAAAAAGAAAGCAGAAGUUAUCGAAUUGGAAGUACCGAUGACGGACGCCAUGCGAGAUAUCCAAAACGCUAUCAUGGAAUGUGUUGAAGCCAGCAUUGGGGAGCUCAAGAAAGGAAAUUCAGGGCUUGCAAUGGAAGACUGGAAUGUUGACCGGGCAAUUCACAAGGCUUUCGAUGCGAUGGUCAGACGGCAGCUCGAUCCAGUGUGGCACCGUGUCAGUAGGAAGACAAAACAGAUAGUCAGCGAUUUGACUGUACUCCGUGGACUGUUAGAUGCCUUACUAACCUAUGAUGCUGUCUCAUUUCUUCGUUAUUUGGAUACAGUUGUGGCUGUGCACUCGCCGCCUCCCGGCUCUACAAGACAAAAUGUAUCACCUUGGCUUUUCUUAGAUGCAGCCCAUACGAUAUUUGACACGGCCAAGCGACGAGUCUACACCGGCAAGUUAGAUGGCAAAAGUUCCGCAAAUGGAAAUCUGGAGGGAUCCCUUCGUCCCGUUUUAGAGGAACAGCCGAAAUGGGGACAACUGGCUGAAACAUUGGAAGAAAUCGAUCGGGACUUGUAUUUCAAUCCACAGAUCCGGGAUGACUCCAAUGGCACCAUUUUGAUCAUGUGCGCGGAUACAGCAACAUCCCGCCAGAUAAAGGAGUACCUGCAGAGUAUGCACGUUCCGACUGAGGACCAGGCCGAAGAUGAUGAUUCAGAACCAAGGCCAUCAGCGGCACAUAUGAUGCGGAGUAAGCUAAGAGACUAUCUCAGGUGGAAACCGGAAUUUGCAAAAAUAAGCUCGUCUCUAUUUGGGGAGAACCAAAAAUCCUUAAGUGAAGCUGGCGGCGGAAGAGGAGGGCCAAGCAGUUUCCGAGGAAAACCACCGCCAAACAAGAGAAGGCGAAUUAGAGGAGGCGGAAGUAAUAUAUCUACCUCUCAUCGCGGGGCGGAAGGAAAUGUUCAAAUAGGAGAGGACAAGCCUUCUGAAGUCGCAACAUUGCUGUCGGAAAUCCGUCCAACAGAUGCCGAGUCGAUGCAAAAGGCCGAACCUGUCGUGGAUCCCCUGGAUGUCACGGAGGACUUCUUUGAGCUAUUUGAUAUGGACGAGCUGAUUGUUGUUCAUGCAUAUGAUGGCGACAUGGACGAGCACCUGUUGGAAGAAGUCAAACCUCGAUAUAUCAUCAUGUACGAGCCCGAACCAACAUUCAUCCGCCGCGUCGAGGUCUACCGCAGUUCACACAACGACCGCAAUGUUAGAUCAUAUUACAUGUGUUACGGCGGGUCCGUCGAGGAGCAGCGAUUCCUGUCCGCGAUCCGCAGAGAAAAAGAUGCCUUCACACGGCUUAUUAAGGAGAAGGCUAAUAUGUCGAUUGUUAUGACGGUCGAUGCCCAUGGGAUUGAAGAUCAGGAGGACGUAUUUCUUCGGACUAUCAACACUCGUAUUGCGGGUGGUGGACGACUCGCCGCCACAGCCACACCGCCGCGAGUUGUCGUCGAUGUCCGCGAAGUCCGGUCUUCUCUGCCUUCGCUCCUCCACGGCCGAAAUAUGGUCAUUGUGCCCUGCAUGCUCACCGUCGGUGACUACAUUCUAUCACCGGAUAUAUGUGUUGAGCGCAAGAGCAUCAAAGAUUUGAUCUCCUCGUUUAAAGACGGGCGCCUUUACACCCAAGCGGAAACGAUGCUCCAGCACUACAAAUCGCCUAUGCUGCUCAUUGAAUUCGACCAUAAUAAGUCCUUCAUGCUCGAGCCCUUUGGUGAUGUCCAAGGCUCAGCCCUGGCAGCCAAUUCGUCGUCGGAUCUCCAGUCCAAAAUCGUUCUUCUCACCCUCGCCUUUCCGCGACUGCGCAUCAUCUGGUCCAGCAGUCCCUACCAGACGGCCGAGAUCUUCGAGAGCUUGAAGACGCAGCAGGCGGAGCCGGACCCGAUUGCUGCUGUUAGGGUGGGAUUGGAUAAGGAUAUGAACGCCGAGGACCAGGUUUUCAAUCGCGAGCCGCAGGACAUGUUGAGGGUGGUGCCCGGGGUCACGAGUAAGAAUCUGAAGAAUCUGGUGCUGAAGGCGGGGAGUAUUAUUGAAGUGUCUAAUAUGAGUGAAGCACAGCUGGCACCUAUGGUGGGGAAGGAGGCGGGGAAGAAGAUUCAUAGGUUUUUCAACACGAAUGUGUUGGAUGGUUAG